AUGUCACGUUCCCAUGCUAUCUCCGAUUUCGCCGAGGCAAACCGGAGAAUUGCCUUAAAACAGUACCUCACACCGGUGAACCUAGCUAGGCUACCUAAAGAGGAGGAUAUCAACGAAAUGCUGAGAAAUCAGGAGAUAGUGAAGCAAUUACUGCAGCAAGUCAACUCACUGCAAUCCUCUCUAAGGACUCAAUCAGGUCCUGGACCUCCUCAAGAACACAUGGUCGGUUUGUCUGCGACGAGACCGAUGAUUGCCCCGACAGAGGCUGCAAAGCCAGAACUCAACAGCGGCAGACUCUAUGCCGAGGUUGCUAUUCUCUCCAGACAAGACAGGGAGCUGCACAAAGCUUCAGACGUGAUCGGACUGUCUGAAGCCUGA